CCGGAUACUCUGGGCUCUCACCUCACUAAGACCUGCAAAUCCCACAAAUCAACGGCAGGGCUGCAGCGAAACUCCGUCCUACAUUUGGGCAAUCUGGCUUUCCGAGGGGGUCUCCGAGCCUGCAGCAUAAAGGUGAACAAGACACUUAUGCCCAAUGAAGAUUCCGAGUGGAUUCCAUAGCGCAAGAACAAUGGCCGCUCCAAAGAAUUCCGGAGGACGCAGGGAGCUGAUCCUGCUGUGCGCGCUCCUGAGUUGGCUGUGGGAGACUGGGAGCGGACAGAUCCGCUACUCCGUGCCAGAAGAGAGCGACAAAGGAUCCUUCGUGGGUAACAUCUCCAAGGACCUGGGGCUGGAGUCUCAAGAGCUGGCGAAGCACGGAGUCCGCAUCGUCUCCCGAGGUAGGACGCAGCUUUUUGCUCUAAACCAGAGAAGCGGCAGCUUGGUCACGGCGGGCAGGAUAGACAGGGAGGAGCUCUGCGCUCAGAGCGCACGGUGUCUUGUAAAUAUCAACAUCCUCCUUGAAGAUAGAGGAAAAAUUUUGGGGAUAGAAAUAGAAAUCACUGAUAUCAAUGAUAAUAAUCCGAAGUUCCAGGCCGAAAACCUGGAAGUAAAAAUUAAUGAAAUCGCAGCGCCUGGCACACGCUAUCCACUCCCAGAGGCUGUUGACCCGGAUGUGGGCUUGAACUCCCUGCAGGACUCCCAGCUCCUGGCACCCAGCUGCUUACUGUAA